CAAGCGCUUUUCAGCAAAUGAAAAGCAGAAAAAUUUAGCUUUUCCAGCUAAAAAGAACUUUUGGGUUGUUCUUUUACAUUUUUAGCCAUACCACACAUUUGUUCUUCUCUGCUGGUUCUUCUCUGCUGGUGCUAGUGUUCCCGACGGCUACCCUUUUUCCUCCAAAUUUUGUUCUCUGCUGGUUCUCUGCUGGUGUUGGUGUUCCUCUGCUUGCUGGUUCUUUGUUCCUCUGCUGGUGCUUAUUCUUUGUUCCUCUUCUCCACUUCUCAAAAGCCUCUGGUUCUUUGUUCCUCUUCUCCCCACCACCAAUGAGUACUUCGGCGGUUGAAGUUAGUGAUGAAAAAGUGAAAGCAAUGUGGGAUAAGAGAUUGACUGAAAUAUUUUGUGAUAUUUGUAUUAAAGAGAUAUUGAAAGGCAAUAGGCCUGGUACUCAUUUCACAAAAGAUGGAUGGUUGAAAAUAAUGACCACCUUUGAGAAAGAAACGGGCAAGGGUUUUUCACAAAGACAACUUAAAAAUAGGUGGGAUGCCCUAAAAAAAGAAUGGAAAGCUUGGAAGAAACUUAAAGGCGAAGAUACUGGUCUAGGGUGGAAUCCUAUAAAAAGGACUGUUGAUGCAUCGGAUGAUUGGUGGGAGAGUAGGCUCCAGGUUGUGCCUGAAGCUAAAAAAUUUAGAACAUCGGGCAUUGAUUCUGAAUUCGAAGCGAAGUUGGACCAAAUGUUCGUGGGGAUAGUUGCAACAGGUGAUAAAGCAUGGGCACCUUCUUCUGGUACACUCCGUAGUGAUUUUUUUGAGGAUGUUAACAACGAAAUACUUGAAGAGAAUGAAGAAUAAAAUAUGAGAAAUGAUGUUCAAAUUGAUGGAAACGGUCAAAAAAGAAAAAACCCUGAGAUAUCAAGUUCACGUUUUAAAACUAGAAGAAAGAAAUCCUCAAAGCAAAUUAGAGGGGUUGCAAGAUUAUCUAGUCAAAUAGAAAAAUUAUGCAGUGCAGCUGACAAUAUGAGUCAAGCCACAUCUAGUUUGACUCAUGUUAUGGAUCCAUAUGGUAUUCCACAAGCAGUCAAAAUGCUUGACAGCAUGUCGGAAGAAGUUCCAGAAGCCAGUCCGCUAUACUUUUUCGCACUUAAAUUACUGCUCAAUAAGGACAAACGAAUUAUGUUUUUAUCAAUUAAUCCCAAGAUUAGAGCUUUGUGGCUUAAGACGGAAAUGGAGGAUAGUUGAAAAUUUUCUAAUCUUCUAGGGUUCAAAGAUAUCUAUUAUGUGACUAGCUGACAAUGCUAAACUAGUUUUAUCAAUAGUUAUUUAUGUUUGGUUUUUGGAUAUUGAAUUUAUGUUCUACUUAUUUAUGUGUAAUCUAGUUUUAUUAAUA